CAGUCUGUUAGCUGGACGCCUGCGGGCGGCGGCAAGACGUCCGUGAACACUCAGCCAGCCGAACACGCAGCUUUCCUCCCUCUCUCCUGGCGGCAGCGACCUGCUCCACCAGUCCGGGCUGAACCUCACACAACAUGGAGUGCAUGAAGCUGACCGAGUGCAUGAAGCUGACCGAGUGCAUGAAGCUGUCCGAGUACCAGGCCAAAGUUUUGGAGGACAAUUUUAAGGGCAAGUAUCCUGACGACACGACGCUCAUGCUGGUCGCCGCCGAGUGUGGACUAUCGGAGGAGGAAACGCAGAAAUGGUUCAAGCUGCGCACGGCUCAGUGGCGCCAAUCGGAGGGUCUUCCAGCUGAACAGGGCUCUGUGUUGGAUUGAGAACCACCCCCAAAUCGUCAUUCCAGCCCUACCAAUUCCUUUUUGGACCUAUCUUCUGGAACUUUAUCUCUUUCUUCUGCCUCUUUGUUAUUUUGUGUAUGAAGCUGUUUGAACUUACAUCAAUGUAUAGGUGCUUGAGUGACUAUGUAUAACCGACGCGUUUAAGUGAAGUGACAGAUUAAAUUAGGCAUUAAAAUGUC